AUGUCUACCGGAGCCAUGGCCACCCUUCAUGUCGAAUUUAUUCGUUAUGCUGCCGAAGACUGCACCGAAGAACUUGGACCUGUCACCGUGACGGAAGGAUAUUGCGUCGCUCUAGAGAACUUUCCUGUUCUUAGUGUCGAGCCCUCUCUUGUCACUGGAGCUUGUGAAGAUGCUUCGCAAUCCCCUGUUCUUAGCAUCUACGGCAACAGCGACUGCGCGACUGGUCUCAUUACCACAGUUGAUGUUGGGUCCGUGGCACAGUGCUCAGCCUUGAAUGCCACUGCUGAGAGUUUGUCUCUUGCAUGUGCUUAGGCUUGGGAGUUUCCCUCAUCCGGACUCAGUGGACUAUACCGCAGAUGUCCUGGUAAAAGGGUGGAAUGAAUUUGUAUGAAGGGUACAUUACAUGCCGAUGUUUUUG